CAUGAUUAAAACCAUGGUUUUUUUUAGGGGUAAGUACGAUUUUGGUCUCUAAAGUUUAGUGUCAGAAUCAAAAUCGUCCCUCUUGUAAUUUUGGAUUUAGAAUCGUCCUUAAUGUUGCAUUUGUAUUUAACUUCGCCCUUAAAAUCCUUUUCGGACAUAAAUGCCCUUUUCAUCGUUAGGGUAGUUAGAAGAAUAGUUAUAUAAAAAUAAAGAGAAUAGGAAUAUAAAUGUAUAUGUUAACCCCAAAAAAUAAGGGUAAGUUGUUUGAAUUUGGAACUGCUGCCGACACCACCGUCGCCCACGUCGUGGAGGGAGAACGUCAUGGCUGCCGAAAGCUCGAUCUCGUCCCGAAGCAAAUCUUCCUCGCAUGGUACGUUGCUGCUCUGUUCCCAUGGUGAGAGGCCGGUGCUGCGAACCUUGGGGACGAAGGAGAACUACGGACGCAGAUUCUGGGGCUGUGUUAACUAUGGGGUGCAUGCAGGCUGCAACUUCUUUCAUUGGGCAGAGCCAGAGACAGAGGUGGAAAACCCAGAAAUUGCAAGGAUGAAGAAGAAGGUUGCCUCCCUGAAAUCAAGGACAAAAGCGGCAGAGUGGAAGUUAAUGGUCGUUGCUCUGUUAGGGUUUGUUGGGUGGGCUGGGUUCCUGUAUCUGCUGUUGCAGAAUUUUUCUAUGUCUAGGCCUAAGUGUGUAAUUCCAUUGAACCUGGUAUGAAAAGGAUGUUUGGGUAUAAUGCUGCUGUUGUUGUUGGUAAAUUCUUUUAGGGUUGGUUUUGUUGAAUGUGUUUUGGUGAAAAGUGUUUUGAUGGUAAGUUAUUAGGUGACAAUGAUGUACCUGGUAUGAAUGUGUUCUGUUGAAUUGGUUCUCAACAUGUAUAAAUGACAAUUAUGUAUGCAUGGUUGGUUGUUGUAAUGUGACUUUGAUUUCUGCUUGGUAAA